UUAGGUUGAUGUGUCGGCGUCCGCCGGCCUGGCGGCGCGAUAAGCCUUUGGGUUGGAGGCUGGCCCUCCGCGUCCUUGUGUAGACCCCUACACACGGGCAGCGCGAGGCGAGGCGAGGGCAGUGUGAUCACGUUGACGUAGCCUGGUUCGCCGCCAUUGCUGCAUGGCAGUAAUUGUUCCCAAACUUUCGAGAUUUAAUCCAAAAUGGCUGAAGGCAACGGGGACAUAUGUGGAGACGUCGAGCUUAAAGUUGAAAGAACAGAAGACUUUCAAAAACUGUUAACUAGCGGUUUAGAUGAAAAAGUAGCCGCAAAGUUGGAUGAUAUCUACAAGACUGGCAAACUCUCGCAUGUUGAUUUAGAUGAAAGAGCUUUAGACGCCCUGAAAGAGUUUCCAGUUGAUGGAGCUCUCAAUGUGCUAACAGAAUUCCUUAAUUCUAAUUUGGAGCAUGUAUCCAAUAAGUCAGCUUUCCUCUGUGGAGUCAUGAAAACGUACCGUGCCAAAAACCGAGCUGGACAGGCUGCAGCUCCACCUGCAACACCAUCUAGUGCUGUAAAAGCUCCUGAUGAAGAAAAGAUUAAGGCAAUUUUGGAUAGAACUGGCUAUUCACUAGACGUAACAACAGGUCAACGGAAAUAUGGCGGCCCUCCACCAGACUGGAAGGGUCCUGCUCCAGGCAAUGGCUGUGAGGUCUUCUGUGGAAAAAUUCCCAAGGACAUGUAUGAGGACGAACUUAUUCCACUUUUUGAGAAAUGUGGAACAAUUUGGGAUCUCCGACUGAUGAUGGAUCCUAUGUCUGGUCAAAACAGAGGUUAUGCCUUUGUCACAUUCACCACAAAAGAUGCAGCACAGCAGGCUGUGCGAGAGCUUGAUAAUUAUGAAAUCAAACCCGGCAAGAGUCUGAAAGUAAACAUUAGUGUUCCAAAUCUGCGACUUUUUGUGGGCAACAUUCCAAAAUCAAAAGGCAAAGACGAGAUUCUGGAGGAGUUCAAUAAAUCAACAGCUGGCCUUACUCAAGUCAUCAUAUACAGUUCUCCUGAUGAUAAGAAAAAGAACAGGGGCUUCUGUUUUUUGGAGUAUGAUACUCAUAAAGCUGCUUCCCUUGCCAAGCGAAGGCUUGGCACAGGGCGCAUCAAAGUAUGGGGCUGUGACAUAAUUGUGGACUGGGCUGAUCCUCAAGAAGAACCUGAUGAAAGUACCAUGUCAAAGGUUAAAGUUCUUUAUGUUAGAAACCUUACCCAAGAUUGUUCAGAAGAAAAAAUGAAGGAAUCUUUUGAACAAUUUGGCAAAGUGGAAAGAGUAAAAAAAAUUAAAGACUAUGCCUUUGUUCACUUUGAAGAACGUGAUAGCGCUGUAAAGGCCAUGAAAGAGUUGAAUGGAAAGGACAUUGUUGGUGGUGGAUCUGUUAUUGAAGUGUCCUUGGCUAAACCACCAUCAGACAAGAAAAAGAAAGAAGAAAUGUUGCGUAAUCGGGAGCGAAGGAUGAUGCAAAUGAUGCAAGUUAGAGGAGGCAUGAUGCCUACCCCAAUUCCAAUGCGAGGACCUGGGGGCUCGGGACCUAGGAAUAGUGCUGCUAUGCGAGGACCUAUGGGCAGAGGAGAUUAUGAUUAUGAUUACGAGUAUUUCGGUUAUGGGGAUUACCGAGGCGGCUACAGUGAUCCUUAUUACGAUGACUUUUACCGCUAUGAGGAUUACUAUUUCGAUUAUCCGCCAGCUCCACCUGCCAGAGGACGGGCGAGGCAACCUCAGCCGGCUGGGCGUGGCCGUGGGGCAACAGCGGGAGCGGGCCGUGGUCGGGGCGGUGGUCAGGCAGCGGCGCAGGGUCGUGGGGGUCCGGGGGCCCGGGGGGGGCGCCCGCCCCAGGGCGCAGCUCCAGGGGCCCGUGGGGGAGCGCGGUCGGGGGGCACCGCUCGUGGGCAAGCCCGCGGCAAGGGAAGUUUGUCAGGUGAGGAUGGCAAACGCAAGUUUGAUGGAAGUCACCAGAACCAGGGGGAAACUAAGCGUCGUUACCAGAAUACAUGGAGCAAUUCUCCAAACUCCCACCAGCACCUCAAUAAUGCCUAUGGUGUAGGCAUGAAUGGAGGUGGCUUUGGGGGUAGUGCGGAACCUCAGUUUUUCCAAGACACCUACACACCUUGGAGUUAAACUGUCUGAUGUGGACUGCAUUAGUGGAAUAUGACUGUGACUGUUGCCUAUUGGAAGGCCGUCCAUUGACUUGCUUACUAUCCGUGAAACGGAGCUAAGUCAGUAAAUGUUAUAUGUGUGCGAGCAUUUGAGGCUCUUGAAAUACAAGGAUCACUGUUAAGGAGUGUGGUCUAAGAGUGAUGUACAGACUUUUUUUUUAUUGUUAAUGGUGGUUGUUGAAAUGGAAGCUAGAAAGGGAGGGCCCCUCUUCAAUCAAGAUUACCAUUUGGCCCUGGCUUUUUAGUUUCCAUUGGAUAGUUAUUAUCAAGAAAGCUUUCAUUGUCGAUUGUUGCUCAUUAUUUAAAACCUUGAACAUCUCCUCGUACCAUGUGUUUUGACUGAUAUAAAUGGCAGAGAGAGCUGCAAAUGCCAUAGGAAUCCGAAAUGAACUAUCAAUCAAUCUGUCACCUCUGUAAGGAAACCACACAGGUCUCAUGUAUGUGCAUGUCUGGUCUAUUUUGGCUUCUGACUUAACUACAAUGCUUGCCUCAUAUUAUAGCAUGAGACCUUUUUAUUUUUCAUUAAAGCAUGUCUUAACUGGUGUCACCUUUCACUCAAACCUCCCUCUAGUUCUGGAGACAACAAAUGCUUUGAGGGACUGUUCAAUCAUUGGGAAAGUCUCUUGCAAUCUUGAACAUUGCAGCUGUUUUUUGUCUUUAAAUCUUUGAAUCCUUUAUUUUCAUAGAUACUUAAUUGAAAGAAUGUUAAUGGAUCAUGUGGUGAUGUAAGACAGGUUGUCAAGUGCCUGUUAAAAGAAAAGAACUUGUUUGUUACUUUCUUUUUGUAUGUUUACUUUUAUUGCCACAAAUGUAUUUUUUUAUAAUGGAGGGUAUUAAAUUUCUUAUUAUGAAAUGGCAUGAUUUUGAAGGCCAUGUUAUCCUUUUAAGAUUGAUCCUUAAUCAGGGGACAAUACCAUUCAUGUGAUCACUGUUUGUACUCCUCAACAUCUGGAUCAAAUGUGGGAGUCUAUUUUGAAUGACAAAUGUUACUUGAUUAUGUUUGUAAGUUCAAUGACGAAUGUUGUUUGAUUAUGUUUGUAUGUCAUGCAAAGAGUAUAGACUUGUGUCACUAGGGGAUUGAAAAUUUAAAGAACAAAGCCUAUUUUCACAAGGAAACAGCUCUUUGCUUUUGUUAGUUUAGCACCUAAGUGUUGGAAAAAUACUUCUGUUUUUUUUUUUUUACAAAUUCUUUGCAACUUCUGCUUUUUUCCCUAUAUUUUUCCCUAUUAGUGUUUGAAAUUUUAGUGACUUUUGUCUGUUAGAUUGCUUUGCUUUUUCACUUUUAACCUGCCUUUCAAAGUGUUCUUGAUAUGAAUUAGUACUGUAGAAAAGAAAAUCUAAAUAUAUACAUUUUUUAAAAAGAAAAAAGAAUGAAUUGCUUGAUCCGUCUGUCAAGAUGUUGCCUUUGAAGGUCAGUAUAUGCAACUACUCAUAAGGUUUUAAAAUAAAAUCAAAAAGAUUCCUGUGGACAGUUUGGUGCUAAAAGUUUCCAAGCCCAUAAAUCAUCAAUAAAGUACAAAGCAGGAUGAA